AUGGAUAGCGUACUUCGUCAGUCCAAGGCCAUGUGCCCUUUCCUCAAGGCUGCCUCCCCUGCCACCCUCCGCGCCAUGUCGGCCACGGCCCGCCCCCGGCCAUCGUCGCCCUGCGGCGGCACCAUGUCCAAGCUGCAGGUCUAUGCCCAUCGCUGCCCCGUCAUGGGCAAGGCCCUCGCCGUGCAAUCGUCCAAGUAUGCCUCUCUUCCGGCCAUCCGCGCCUUCUCCGGUCACGCCAAACCCGCCCGCGCGAGCAUCCACACUAGCCGCAACCAGGAAGCCCGCGCCGUUGAGACGCCUUUCCUCAACGGCCGUGACAAUGCAGCGCCCGUCCCUCCCAGCAUGCCGUUUCAGCGCAAGGACGCCACUGCCGCCGCCGCCGCCGCCGCCGCCUGCCCGAACCACGGCGCCAAGUUCAACUACGACGGCUUCUACACCAACGAGCUCGACAAGAAGCACCAGGAUAAGUCAUACCGCUACUUCAACAACAUCAACCGUCUCGCCAAGGAAUUUCCCCGCGCCCACAUGGCCAACAAGGAGGAAAAGGUUACCGUCUGGUGCGCCAACGACUAUCUCGGCAUGGGACGCAACAAGGUCGUUCUUGACAAGAUGCACGAAACUCUAGACGAAUACGGCGCCGGUGCUGGUGGCACUCGCAACAUCUCGGGCCACAACAGGCAUGCUGUCGAGCUCGAAGGUACCCUGGCCAAGCUGCACGCCAAGGAGGCUGCUCUCGUCUUCUCCUCUUGCUACGUCGCCAACGAUGCCACGCUGGCUACUCUCGGCAGCAAGCUCCCCGACUGUGUCAUCCUGUCCGACAGCCUGAACCACGCCUCGAUGAUUCAAGGUAUUCGCCAUUCCGGGACCAAGAAAAUUGUCUUCAAGCACAACGACGUUGCCGAUCUCGAGGCCAAGCUUGCGUCGCUUCCUCUACACGUGCCCAAGAUUAUCGCUUUUGAAUCCGUCUACAGCAUGUGCGGCUCUAUUGGCCCCAUUGAAGCCAUCUGCGAUCUUGCCGACAAGUACGGCGCCAUCACGUUCCUCGACGAAGUUCACGCCGUCGGCAUGUACGGACCGAGCGGUGCCGGCGUCGCCGAGCAUCUCGACUGGGAGGCGCACAAGGAGGGCAUGCCACGCGGCACCAUCAUGGACCGCAUCGACAUUAUCACCGGCACUCUGGGCAAAGCUUACGGCUGUGUUGGAGGAUACAUUGCCGGUAGCUCCAAGCUUGUUGACAUGAUUCGUUCGCUGGCCCCUGGCUUCAUCUUUACCACCUCUCUACCUCCGGCGACAAUGUCCGGCGCCAAGGCCUCGAUUGAGUACCAGAUGGAAUACGACGGCGACCGUAGACUGCAGCAGCUUCAUACCCGCGCCGUCAAGGAGGAGAUGAAUGCGCGCGACAUUCCCGUCAUACCAAACCCGUCUCACAUCAUUCCCAUUCUCGUCGGCAAUGCCGCCCUGGCCAAGGCUGCCUCGGAUAUGCUACUUCAGGACUACCAGAUUUACGUGCAAUCCAUCAACUACCCAACGGUUCCGGUGGGCCAGGAACGCCUCCGCAUCACGCCCACUCCUGGACACACCAAGGAGUUCCGCGACGAGCUGGUGGCUGCCGUGGACGAGAUUUGGACCCGACUUGGCAUCAAGAGAACUUCGGAGUGGGCGGCUGAGGGCGGCUUCAUUGGUGUCGGCGAAGAGGGCGUUUCCGAAGAGGCCCUGUGGACCGACAAGCAGCUUGGCAUUGAGCAGGCGAGAAAAGAGAUGAUGGCAACUGGACAGGUUCAGAACGGCACAAGCUUCACCGAAGCGCUGCUCAAGCGCGAGUCGGCUGGUGCUCAGGCUACUGGCGUGGCCGCCGCUUAG